AUGAUUCUAAUCUUAUUAAAACACAUAUUUUCUGAUGGUCGGGGAGCAGACAGAGCCAUUGGCCGUGACAUUGUGGAUCCACACUACAAGGAAUGUCUUUACACUGGUAUUGGCGUCUCUUGUGUCGAAGGAGAAGUCAUGCCUGGCCAGUGGGAGUUGCAAGUCUACAUGUGGAGAGUAUUUGUGUUGGUGAUCCAGUAUGUGUUGCUUGAUGCCUUCUCGAGGGUGACGAGUUGGAACAGAGUACCGAGCUCGAUCGAGUUUAGGGUCGAGUUGAAGUAA